UGCACCACCACGUUCUUCCCUUUCAUAUCGCCGCCAUUAUGAGCACUUUGCGACUACAAAAGCGGCUGGCAGCCAGUGUCCUAAAAUGUGGAAAAAAAAAGAUUUGGCUGGAUCCUAAUGAGACAAAGGAAAUUGCCAAUGCCAACUCACGUCAGAAUAUCCGUAAGCUUGUCAAAGAUGGUUUGAUCAUCAAAAAGCCACAGAUCAUCCACAGCCGCGCUCGUGUUCGAAAGGCAGAUGAAGCCAGAAAGAAGGGUAGACACAGCGGCCAUGGUAAAAGGAAAGGUACGGCAAAUGCUCGUAUGCCUGAAAAGACCAUCUGGAUGAGACGUAUGCGGGUGUUGCGGAGGUUGCUUCGAAAAUACAGGGAGGCAAAGAAGAUUGACAACCACAUGUACCAUAAUCUGUACAUGAAGGCUAAGGGUAAUGUGUUCAAAAACAAGAGUGUCUUGAUGGAAUACAUCCACAGGAAGAAGGCUGAGAAGCAACGUGCCAAACUCCUCAGUGACCAAGCUGAGGCUCGCCGCCAGAAAAACAAGGCUGCGAAGCAAAGACGAGAGGAACGUUUGGAGCAGAAACGCAAGGAAAUGAUCCAGCAAAUUGCAAAAGAGGAAGAGGCAGCAAAAUAAAUGUUAAUAAUCCUUCAUUAUGUUUGAAUAAAACUUAUUUUGUGAGGGCAA